UGAAGUGUGUUGGGUUUGGUCAGGCAUCCAUGCGGUGGAGGGGUGCCGAAAAGGGGGCGACGAAAGUGGGGGUCUUUUCCCUGUGGUUAACCCUCGGGCUCCUGAAGUGAGGUGCCACUCAAUUUUUGAUGGUCUCUUGUGGUGUGCCCCAUCUCCCAGGAGAAAAGGUGUGCGCCUAGCGAUGCCCGGAUGUCAUUGUAUUAAAGCUCUAUCUUGGUCAUCAUCAGAGACGAAAACACAAGAUUGAUCAGAAACCUAGGUAAAAAAGAGAAAAGGUUUUCGGUUCUAUUCCUCCGCGCCGCGAAAUUUAUGCUCCCCACACCCCGAAGGUGCAGCCUUCCAACCUACCGGUAGUCGACCACCAGGUGCCCACCUUCAAACCGGUUCACCACCACCAUUCCCUGGCUCGAGCCACCUCAUCACCGCCAACCCUUGAACACCAGGGCCUGCCCAGCAUGGCCCUCACCUCCCGCCUCUCUCACCCCACCACGGACCCCGAAGACCACUUCGCCUCCUCCCUCGGCAUCAUCUUCACCGACGACGUCACCAACCAGCACUUCGCCUCGGACGACACCAACCUCCUCCUCUACACCUCGCCACACCUACCCUCCCCCCUAACCCUUCGCCUGGCCCGGGUCCACGAGGAAGCAGACCGCUACCUGUUCAGCCACUACCUCUGGAACGCGGCGCUGCUGCUGGCCGAACUAGUCGAGGCUGACUCCCUGAAGCUACAACCACCACCAGCCACUGAAACGACAGGAGAGAAAGCGAUAGCCCCGGGGGCGGGGGCGUUCGACGUGUCCGGGCUCAGGACGAUCGAGUUGGGCGCCGGGACGGGCCUGCCGACCAUCAUGGCCGGGCUGGUGGGUGCGCGGGCGGUCGUCGCGACAGACUACCCCGCGCCGCUGGUGCUGGAAGCGCUGCGGGGGAACGUGGUUGGCGCGGUGCGGGAGGGGAAUGCCGCUGCUGCUGGUGGCGGUGCUUUUGCGGUGGAGGAGGUGCGGGUCGAGGGCCACGGGUGGGGGGAGUUGGACACGCAGUUCGCGCGUGAGGGGCAAGGACGGUUCGACCGGGUGAUGGCCGCCGAUGUGCUGUGGAUGCCGUGGCAACAUGAGAAUCUACGGCGGUCGAUUGCGUGGUUUUUGAAAGAGGGGGAGAGUGCCAGGGCGUGGGUUGUUGGGGGGUUCCAUACGGGGCGUCAGACGGUCGGGGCAUUCUUUGAGCGGGAGGCGCUGGCUGAGGCUGGGCUGGAAGUGGAACAUCUGUGGGAGCGGGACUGCGACGGGCUGGAUCGGGACUGGGUUUGGGAUCGGGGCGUGGAGGACAAGAGCGUGCGGAAGCGGUGGUUGGCGGUCGGGGUGCUGAAGAGAAUUACGCCGGGCGGACGCGCGGAGAGAGAGAGCGCGCCGUCGUGACGGAGGAGGCAGCAGUUUGUGGUGAGACCCGUCAGCAUCGCUGGUAAA